AUGGCUGUUCUUAAGCAACGAAUGAACGGGGAGAAAGACUUACCUCAAGCUGUUGAUGCUGUCCCUACAACACCAGAUGAUGCUGAUGCUCAAGAUGAAAUAUCUGAAGCAAAUGAAGCUGCUGCUGAAGUUGUAGAUGCCAUCACAUCUCGUGAAGUGGAAGCUAUUACUGAAUUUGAGGACAAUGAUGCUCAAGACGAAGACCUUCCUAUCACUUCUGUAGAUAAUGCUGAUGAUAAGGAUGAUGAAGAUGAUGAUGAUGAUGAUGAAGCUAAUGAUCCUCUUUCCUUUUCUGAUGCUGGAAAAGAUCUUGGUGAUGAAGAUGAUGAUGAAAACAACAGUGAUGCCGACUUCACCAUUCAAUACCAUACCAAACCAGUUGUCGCUAAAAAAGGAGUCUCUCUGAGGGAAUCUUCAUCUCAGGGGGAGAAAGAGAAAGAGAUGUCUGCAAAGGACCAUAACACCUUCUCUAAAGACAAAGGUGUUUGUUGA